CGUCUAUAGCAUGCAGACUUCCUCCGUUCGGUGUGGCGGUUGGAGGAAGAGCAGAGCGCGGCUCCGUUUCUCUCUCCGUUUUCUCUCCGUUUUCCGCUCUUUGCUCGGUUUAUCUGCUCGGAGCUUUUGUGUUCGGGUUCUGCUCUCUGUUUCAGGCGGGUUUGCGGGAUAAUACGAGCUGAGAUGUCCGCGGAAGAGGCGGAGAAAGCGGCCGUGCAGGAGCCGAGCAGCGCGGGGGACGAGGAGGAGGAGUGGCUGUACGGAGAUGAAGGAGAAACCAAAGAAAACGAGGAGGAGGAGGAGGCCAAACUGACCGCAGCCAUCAGCGCCCCAGCUGCCCCUCCUGUUACUGACGAGGUCCCCGCUGGCAAUGGAGUGGCCACUAAGGAGGAAGCCCCUGGAGAGGAUGAAGACAGCGAGAGCGACAGUGAUGAUGAUGACGAUGAUGUCCGCGUCACCAUCGGUGACAUUAAGACGGGCGCGCCGCAGUACACGUCAUACGGGGCAACACCGGUCAAUCUGAACAUAAAGACCGGCACCAGCAGGCCUUAUGGAGCAGUGGGAACGAAGGUGAAAGGUGUGGAUCUGGACGCUCCAGGAAACAUUAACGGCGUCCCCGUGCUGGAGGUGGACAUGGAGUCCUUUGAGGAAAAACCCUGGAGAAAACCUGGCGCCGACCUGUCAGACUACUUUAACUACGGCUUUAAUGAGGAGACGUGGAAGGCCUACUGCGAGAAACAGAAGCGCCUGCGCAUGGGCAUCGACCCCAACAUCAGCUCCACCACCAGCAAGAUCUCCGUUCAGCAGGGCAGGACAGGUAACGAUAAAGAAGUCUCUGUUGCUGCUCACGUCACUAAAACUGACUUCACCUCCCCUCCCAGCAUCUACAAGACCGCCCUCAACCCGGCCAGGAUAUCCCCUCCGCAGUGGGCGGGGCCAGCCACUCAAGACACGCCCUAUUAUACGAAGUCCAGUGGGACCAUCGACGUGAUCGGUGGACAAACGGCCACCAUCAGCCGAGUGGAGGGACGACGCCGACACAACCUGGAGGGAAACAACAUCCAGGUGAUUUCGGAACACUCGUCUACAGAGGCUGAACCCAUGCCCGCCAAAAUGCCCGCCUUCUUUCCCCCGGGACCCUUGCCUCCAAACUUGCCUCCCCCACCCUUCCUGCCCCCACCGCCGGUCAGCCAGGCUCCACCGCUCAUCCCUCCGCCAAGGCUGCCCAUCACUGUUCCUCCUCCUGGUUUCCCUCCACCUCCUGGAGCUCCGCCCCCUUCACUCAUCCCAACCACAGACACCAGUGGGCACCCUGGAGGAUACGACUGCCGUCCGGUCGCCCCGUACCCUUUCCCACCAGGUGGUUACCCCCCACCCCUGCAGGGUCCUGUGAACAGCUGGUCCGGAAUGAUGGAUAACUCUAAGCAGUGGGAUUAUUACCCCCGCCGAGAGAAGGAGCGAGACAAGGAGAGGGAGAGAGAGAGGCCGAGAGAGCGAGCACACGACAGAGAGAGGGAGAGAGAGAGAGAGCACAGCCCGGCUUCCAUGGCCUACAACAGUGAUGAAGAGCGCUACCGCUACCGCGACUACGGCGACCGAGGGUACGACAGGCACCGCGAGCGGUCGAGCCGAGAGAAGGAGGAGAGACACAGAGAGAGAAGACACAGAGAGAAGGAGGAGGGCCGACACAAGUCGUCACGCAGUAGCAGAAGGAGGCACGACAGUGAAGAAGGCGACGGCCAUCGCAGACACAAACAUAAGAAGUCCAAGAGGAGCAAAGAGGGCAAAGAGCCAAGCGAGGAGCGAGCAGCUGACCAGGAGAACCAAGAGGCCAUGGAGUAACCACCCUGAACUGGGGGUUAUUUCACAAAGCAGGAUUUACUGGGUUUACUGGAAUAACUGGAUAUCUUUAGUCCAAAAGGAACGGAUCCCUUUACUCCUGUUGGAUAGGCUUGAGUUCUGGUUUAAAGGGAUUCUCCAGGAUUCUCCAACCUAAUCACCAUCUACCGCAGAUGGUUAACUACCAUUAACGGCCGUUUUUAGGCCUUUCGUCGUAAUAAAAAAAA